AUGAAACCAAUCACAGCUUCAUCAAUAAUUUUGGAACAAAUUCGUGCUGUAACAGAUGUUGUGGAUAAUUGGAAAACAAAAAGUCAUAUAACUGGAGAUACUGUACCAAAAUAUAAUAUUGAAAAAUUCAACAACAUUUAUAACAGCAUCCAAGAUAGUCUUGUCAAAAUCACUGAUACAAAUGAAGUAAAUAUUGGAGAAUUAAAAACUAAGCUUAAAACAUUAUUUGAAAACUUAACGGAUCUUGUAUUUGGACAAUCAAAACAAAUGAUUGAACUUGAAAGUCGAAUAGCUGCUUUAGAAGAAACAAAAACAAUAAAUGAAGAUCGACUAACUGCUUUAGAAAAAACAAAAACAAUAAAUGAAGAUCGAAUGAUAAAGCUUGAGAAAAAAUUUAAGAUGAUGGAAAAAAACAGUCAUUGCUGA